AUGGAAUCGCCGGUCGAGGAAUCGACUGCACGGCAUGUGUGCAUCGUCAACCCCGCAAACGGCCACAAGCAUACACAUACCUUCAUUCUUCUCCACGGAAGAGACAGCAACUGCGACAAAUUUUCGAGCGAGUUCUUUGAAAGCGAAAUAUCGGAAGACCUAGCCGAACUUCUUGCUCGGCGGGAGGGAGUAUAUCCAGACACAGCACCACACCCGCGAACCCUACAAGCUUUGUUCCUCGGCUUCAAAUGGGUCUUUCCCAACGCUCUCCCGAUCUUUUCUGAGCGUUUCGGCACGCCUUUGAACCAAUGGUUUGACAUUUGGUCAGUCGAGAGCCCAAGCGAGCGCCUCGAGAUUCAAGAGACGGGUUUGAGGCAGAACGCCAGCUUCAUUGCCAAGGUCAUCGCCGAUGAGUCACGUCUGGUGUCCCGGGAUAGGCUAUAUCUAGGCGGCAUUAGCCAAGGGUUUACCACGGCUGUGACUGCCUACUUGGCAGGCGGACAGCAAUUGGGAGGCCUCAUCGGAUUCUCUAGCUGGGUCCAUCCAGCGCUGGCACAGUAUGGACUGCUAAGCGUCGGCGAAGAGCGUCUGCCGGUAUCAGGGUUCAGUCUUACAGAUGGGAUGAAGGCUACUUCCGUCUUUCUCGGCCACUCAAUUGAUGACGAUGUUGUUCCCAUACAAAACGGGCGUGUCCUGCGGGACGCUUUGCGCAACAUCGGUCAGUCGAACAUUGAGUGGCAUGAGUACGAACAUGGCGGGCAUUGGAUUACUGAGCCUAAAGGCGUGGAUGACCUUGUUCGCUUCCUAAGACGCACCAUGGACUAG